AUGUUGCUUAGCUUUCAAACCCUUUCAAGAGCACAUGAACACCCCCGAUCUUACAGUGAAGUACAAGUGGGAGUGAUUCUUGACAUGAAAUCAUGGGCAGGGAAGGUCAUUUAUCGUUGCAUCAGCAUGGCUAUUUCUGACUUUUACGCAGCCAAUCCUCACUACACAACAAGAAUAGCUUUUACAACCAGGGAUACCAAAGGAGAACCACUGCAUGCCUUGUCUGCUGCUCUGGAUCUAUUGGAGGACACUAAAGUGCAAGCGAUAAUAGGUCCCAAAUCAACAGUUCUGGAAGACAAAGCUAACAUACCGAUUCUUUCCUUGUCAACUAGUCCCUUUUCAAAUAGGAAUCCUAAUCUUCUUGGAAUCACACAAGAUGAAACCAGUCAGUUCAAAGGCAUUGCUGCCAUGGUAGAUUCCUUUAAAGCAAAGAAUGUGAUUGUUAUCUGCGAGGACACUGCAAAUGGGAGAGAAAUGGCUACUUAUAUGGCUAGAGCCUUUCAAGAGAAAAACAUACACGUUACGUAUACUAGCCUAAUUUCAACAUCUGACAGCAACCAACAAGUCCGGGAAGAGCUUCAUAAGCUUCAAACCAUGCAAGACACGGUGUUUAUAGUGCAUGCACCACCUUCUCUAGCAUCCAAUCUUUUCUCCUUUGCAAAAGAUCUGGGCAUGAUGGGUGAAGGAUACAUAUGGAUUGUAACAAGUAAGACUACCAACUACUUGGAUUCCAUGGAUGCUGAAGCAAUCGAAUCAAUGCAGGGGGCUGUGGGUUUCAGAUCAUAUUUUCCAUCAUCAAAGGAGCUUCACAACUUUUUAUUGAAAUGGAGAAAGGAACAUUAUGCUUUGAACCCAUUUAUGGAGUUCAAGGAGGUAGAUUCCAAUGGUAUAUGGGCAUAUGAUGCAGUUUAUGCGCUAGCCAUGGCUGUUGAGAUGGUACAAACUGCAACAGAAUUCACUUGGAAAGACCUGGGUAACAAUAUUGGCACAUCACUACUUUUAGACGAGAUGUUAAGAGUCAGGUUCCAUGGUUUAGGUGGUGAAUUCAAGCUUAUGAAUGGGAGGAUCAUCUCCAAUGCCAUGGAAGUUGUGAAUGUGAUCGGCAAGGGUGAUAGGAGGGUUGGGUUUUGGAUGAUGGCUACUGAUGAGUUUCUGAAAGAAAUAAAGAAACCAAAUUCCUCUUCGAAUCAAGGCCUUGAAAUUAUCAUCUGGCCAGGUGGGACUACAAGCAUUAAUCCGAAGCAUAGGAAGCUACAAAGAAAUGGAAGAAAGAAGCUCAGAAUUCUGUUUCCAGGUUCCAGCAGAUUCCAGAAUAUAGCACAAAUAAGUGUUAAUCCAAGAACAAAUGUAUCGGUUUUGAGCGGGUUCUGUGGGGAUGUCUUCAAUGCUGCGUUUAACUCCUUAGACUAUGGAGUCGGCAUUGAGGUUGUUUCGUUCUCUUAUAAGGAUGGAAUUACUUACAAUGAUGUGAUCCAAAAAAUCUAUCUUAAGGAAUAUGAUGCUGCUAUCGGGGAUUUUACGAUCACAGCAAAUAGAUCUCUCUAUGUCGACUUCACGUUGCCCUUCACUGAUCUUGGAGUUGGUAUAAUAGCCCGAAACGCCAAGGACAGCAUGUGGAUUUUCUUAGAUCCUCUCAGUGCAAAUCUUUGGAUCACAACUUCUUGUUUCUUUAUCUUUUUAGGGUUUGUGAUUUGGUUUAUCGAACAUCGUACAAAUGAAGAAUUUCAAGGUUCAGCACCACAGCAACUGGGAACAACCCUCUGGUUUGCCUUUUCAACCCUCGUUUAUGCUCACAGGGAGAAGCUGCAAAGUAAUCUAUCAAGAUUCGUGGUUACUGUUUGGGUUUUCGUAGUGCUUGUUCUCACAUCAAGUUACACUGCAACUUUGAGUUCACUUUUAACUGUUCAACAGAUUGGGAUGAAGGAUUUCUCUAUCGGAUUCUUCCAGGCUAUUUCGCCCCUAGGAGGAGUUGUCAAUAACAAAUUUAAUGCUGUUGAGGCCUGGUCAGAGAAACUAUAUGCACCUGAGGACUAUGCUAAAGCAUUAGCAACUGGAAAAGUUGAAGCAAUCGUUGCUGAGAUCCUUUACAUCAAAUCUUUUCUUGCAAUGUAUUCGGGUGCUGAUUUCUCCUUGAUUGCAACAGCACCUACCACCAACGGUUUUGGCUUUGUGUUCCAGAAAGGUUCACCUUUGGCCACAAAGAUGUCGACUCAGAUAGCGAAAAUGCGUGAAGACGGGACACUGAAAGCAUUAGAGGAUAAAUGGUUGAAACAUAAAUCUGCAGUGAUGUCAAUGGAAUUUUCUUCCCCGUCACCAAAAAUCUUGAAUCUUUAUGGGCUUCGAGGUCUCUUUAUUAUCAGUGGUGUGUUGAUGGCAUUGGCCCUUUUGGUGUCCAUGAUUCAACUUGUUUGUGAAAAGUGGCAUAUCAAAGAUAAGAUUAAGAUGUUGAGGUGCAUCUUACAUAGAUCUUCAGAAAUACAUGCACAUGAUAGUGAUGCGGAAUCAUCGGUUUGA